AAAGCAGAAGAAUCAAAUUCAGCUGGCUAACCGAUUUGAUGCUCUGGGAUAGCGAGCUGUGACAUGUUACUAGCUCACUCGUGCACUGACAUUUUAGGGCUUUCGUCGCUUUCCUAUUUAAGGCUGUAACCCUCGACUGUAAAUCUUUAAGUUGGAACAAUACAUAAAGUUUUCGUCUUCAAUCUCUGUUUGUUACAUGGUAUCAUAGCUCAUGUCGAACCAUGGCUGGACCUACUGAAACGACUCCCGAUUCUCUACUUACUAUAAAUCAAUGUGUUACUUUCAAGGUGAGCUCGUCUAACUACUUGCUGUGGAAACUACAUACCGAGACAUGGCUGAGCAGUCAGAUUCUUUUGGGACAUGUCACUGGCGGCUCUCCUCACCCAUCUCCUACGAUUGAAGUUCGUACAGGCAAUGAAGUUUCGGAAGCGCCAAACCCUAAUCUUGUGAAAUGGAUUCGAGAUGACCAGAAGAUAAUGGCGUUGUUCUUUGAUACCCUGUCUGAAGAAGCACUUCGGUCUGUAUAUGGUCUUCAAACUGCUCAGGAGGUAUGGUUCUCUCUUGCUAAGAAGUACAAUAGGAUUUCUGUCUCUAUGAAGUGUGAUCUUCAGUGUAGACUUCAGUCGGUUUCAAAACAAGGAAAGAAGUUAGCUGAGUAUCUAAGCGAUGUGAAACUGAUUUGUGAUCAGCUAGACUCCAUAGGCUGUCAUGUUCCUGAGAAUGAGAAGAUUUUUGGUGUGUUGAAUGGUCUGGGUCAGGAAUAUGAAUCUAUUAUUGCGGUGAUUGAAAAUGCGAUGGACUCGGAGCCUGGUCUCUCCUUUGAAGAUGUUGAGAUAAAUCUUACUAAUUUUGAUGAGAAGAUUCAGGCAUACGCAGCUAACAACACAGUUUCUCCUCACUUGGCUUUCAGUACUGGUCGAGGUUACACAAAUCGUGGUCGUGGUCAAGGUAGAUCUGGUUAUUCUCGUGGACGUGGUUCCUAUUCCACUCGUGGUAGAGGUUUUCAUCAACAAAUCAGUCAGGACUCUUCCUCUGAGAACAACACACGUCCAACUUGCCAGAUAUGUCACAAGUACGGUCAUUCAGCCUAUAAAUUCUACAAGCGGUUUGAUCAUGCAUAUCAGCCAGAGGACUACACCAAUGCGUUAGCUGCUAUCAGAACUUCAGAUGGAACAUUGCAGUCAUGACAUGAGUGGUAUGCCGACUCUGGAGCAACUUCUCAUAUCUCAAACUUGCCUGCUCAUCUUCAGACUGUUCACCCAUAUCAUGGAGAUGAUUCAGUCAUCGUUGGAAAUGGUCUGGAGCUGCAUUGGAUGAGAGAUGCACCAGUUGGAACAAAAGAUGCAGAAAAGAAUGCAAUCUGGAGAUUUUCACGCGAAACAGUCUGAGUGACUGUUCCCGAUAGCGGAGCAACCCGAGUGACUGUUCCAGAUAGAACGGAGCAACCCAAGUGCAUGUUCCAGCGGCAGAGAUUUUUAAGGAAACUACAAGUCAUUACGGGAUUUGCCCUAAUUAUCCCAUCUUUUUUUCCCAGCCGCCUGUGGCUUUGAUAUAUCAUAUUUUUCUCUUUCUUUUUACAUUCUACACUACUUUUUA